AGGCUCUGUACUGUCGGGGUCUCCACACUGAGGGGAGCAGCAGCAGAGAUGAGCUCCGGAGGGGAGCUGAAGGAGAGGGGAGCCCGGGGGCCCAUGGAGCCCAACACCAAGCCCUUCACCCCCUUCAGUAUAGAGGAUAUCCUCAGCCGACCGCCCGCCGCCCGCAGGAGCCCCCCGCAACCGCUCCGCACCAGAGGGGGCGCCCCGCAGCCCGCGGACCCGCUCUGCGCCCUAGAGGAGCUGGCGAGCAAAACCUUCCGCGGCCUGGAGGUCGGAGUCCUGCAGGCGGCUGAAGGUCACGAGCCGAUGGGUUCCUACGGUCAUCGUUCAAACUCUAAGAAAAGACGAAAAUCUCGAACAGCUUUCACCAACCACCAGAUCUACGAGCUGGAGAAACGUUUCCUCUACCAGAAAUACUUGUCCCCUGCUGACCGUGACCACAUUGCCCAACAGCUAGGACUCAGCAAUGCCCAGGUCAUCACCUGGUUCCAGAACCGAAGAGCCAAGAUGAAGAGGGACUUGGAGGAGAUGAAGGCCGAUGUGGAGUCAUUGAAGAAGCUUCCACCGCAUACACUGGAAAAACUGGUGUCCAUGCCUGAGGGUGAGCCGGGGGAGGAGGACGAGGACACCAGGAUGUGCUCCCCGACCUCACAAGGACUGUUCCUCCAUUCACCACAGUGUCUCUCCAUGGAACACACAGUUGAUGAAUUCUCAGAAGAUGAGGAGAUCGAGGUGGAUAACUAAAAGACUGGAGGCCAUAGAAGCAGAGAACCCUUAAUGUGCUACAGACUCCAAGAGAAGGAGGAAGGAAGGAAGGGAAGGGUGGAAGGAAAGAAGAAGUAAUGAGGGAUGGAAGAAAGGAGAGGGAGGAACAUGGCAAAGAACCAUUAGACCCAAUGAGGAAUCACCAUCUCAGCCAAAGCUCAUCAUCUCCAGACAAGUUAUCUCUGCUGUGCAGACAUCUACAGAGCAGAUACUGAGAAUUACACCCAGUAUACAGGACAGGUGGUACUGUGCAGUGUCCAUAUAUACAGAAUAAGAGCAGAUACUGAGAAUUACACCCAACAUACAGGACAGGAGAAGUGGUACUGUGCAGUGUCCAUAUAUACAGAAUAAGAGCAGAUACUGAGAAUUACACCCAACAUACAGGACAGGAGAAGUGGUACUGUGCAGUGUCCAUAUAUACAGAAUAAGAGCAGAUACUAAAAAUUACACCCAACAUACAGGACAGGAGAAGUGGUACUGUGCAGUGUCCAUAUAUACAGAAUAAGAGCAGAUACUGAGAAUUACACCCAACAUACAGGACAAAAGUGGUACUGUGCAGUGUCUAUAUAUACAGAAUAAGAGCAGAUACUAAAAUUACACCCAAAAUACAGGACAGGAGAAGUGGUACUGUGCAGUGUCCAUAUAUACAGGAUAUGAGCAGAUACUGAGAAUUACACCCAACAUACAGGACAGGAAAAGUGGUAUUGUGCAGUGUCCAUAUAUACAGAAUAAGAGCAGAUACUAAAAAUUACACCCAACAUACAGGACAGGAAAAGUGGUAUUGUGCAGUGUCCAUAUAUACAGAAUAAGAGCAGAUACUAAAAAUUACACCCAACAUACAGGACAGGAAAAGUGGUACUGUGCAGUGUCCAUAUAUACAGAAUAAGGGCAGAUACUAAAAAUUACACCUAACAUACAGGACAGGAAAAGUGGUACUGUGCAGUGUCCAUAUAUACAGAAUAAGAGCAGAUACUAAAAAUUACACCUAACAUACAGGACAUGAGAAGUGGUACUGUGCAGUGUCCAUAUAUACAGAAUAAGAGCAGAUACUAAAAAUUACACCCAACAUACAGGACAGGAAAAGUGGUACUGUGCAGUGUCCAUAUAUACAGGAUAUGAGCAGAUACUGAGAAUUACACCCAGAGAAGUGGUACUGUGCAGUGUCCAUUUAUACAGAAUAAGAGCAAAUACUGAGAAUUACACCCAUUAUACAGGACAGGAGAAGUGGUACUGUGCAGUGUCCAUAUAUACAAAAUAAGAGCUGAUACUGAGAAUUAUACCCAGUAUACAGGACUGGAGAAGUGGUACUGGGCAGUGUCCAUAUAUACAGGACAGGAGAAGUGGUACUGUGCAGUGUCCAUAUAUACAAAAUAAGAGCUGAUACUGAGAAUUAUACCCAGUAUACAGGACAGGAGAAGUGGUACUGUGCAGUGUCCAUAUAUACAGGACAGGAGAAGUGGUACUGUGCAGUGUCCUGAUACAGAUCAGAAUGUUUUCCACAUGGUUUUCCGAAGAAGGGCUUUUAAAGGAGACUUUUCUGGAGUAUCUGACCCUGGGAUUUGUCCUCCUCAUAUAAGAGUUGACUUGACUUCUCACCAUGUAUAGAAACGUAUUUAUUUUAUUUAAGCCCCUCCUCCUAGGAGCCUCAAUCUACUUCCCUGUCACCCAGUCCUCUUCACAAUGGACCCCUAUGGACAGAAGAAUAGGGGCCCCAUGGACUGGGUGGGAUUAUAUGACCACGUGGGUAACUCCAGGGGAAGAGGUCAGAGAUAUGGUCUGUGAUCAUUCAAUA